GACCUUAUAGUAGAGCUGAAAGAAUCAUCGGAUGUGUGUAAAAAAGAAACUCCACCUAGUCAUCUGGUGGGCGCCACCAUAUUGCUUACACCUAUCUGAUCUUGCGGAAAUGUGUAGGCUAGCUAUAGUAUUUGAUUUAUUAACGCAGGAUUGUUUGUUUUUAGGUGGCCGGCUGUAAAAUAAUCAGCGCAGACGCCGUCGAAACCUGGGCUAAGCUCCAAUUCUUGUCCGCCCGAGAUUCGGCGACCCAGCAGCAAUCAUACUCAACUAGAGCGUGGGGGACAAACUCUGAAUCAACUUGAUUACUUGUCGCUGUAUCUAGCUAUUUUCAUCUUGAAACAUGCUAGUGUAGAUAGCUAGCUUCAACCUAUUUCACAUUUUAUUAGCAAUGCUAAAGACGGACGGAAGAGCUAGAAAGCUAACGUUAGUUGCUAACUGGUCAGGAAAAAUACAGGACGUUGCGCUGGUUGUUUUGCUCUUUAAACUCGCAGAUUCUUACCUGUGCAGUGAAGAGAAACUAGCCUACACUAGCUAACAUCAGCAAGCUGCAUUGUCAACUAUUAUGUUGUUUUCAUUCUCAUUACAGCUGAGGUUUGACUCUUUAUUAUAGUUCAUGCUAUGUAACUAGCGUUUGACUUUCCUUCAUCCAAAGAGGACGUUCGGGUUGCUAUACUAUCGGCGUGGCCGAAGAAGUUUUCUAAUCCCCGGACUAGAUUUUACCGUAUAACGUACUUGUAGGAACAGACCUCGCUUUGGGUAACGCUUUAACGUUAACUAACAGAGCCCUAUAACUUGACAGCUCAUCGUACCCACUGCACAGCUCAGUGUUAUUGGCGAAGCACUUUUGUACAUCCAGAGAGUGGAAUAGGCGCACCAAUGUAACGUUAACUUAGCUAGGUACUGUAGCUAGCUUGUGAAUGCAGGGUUAACGUUACUUUAUUCAGAUACGUGUGAAUCGAGAACUUUGCUUUUAACUCUACUUACAUAUUAUUGAUAGGUAACAAUUUUUUUUUACUGACGAUUAACUACUUCAGCUAGUAGGUUAGCUAGCUAGUUAGCUAGCUAGAACUUUAGCUUGCUAACUAGCUAGCUAGUUUACGCAUUCGACACGUAGCUAGCUAGCCGCUAGACAAGGGUACUUAUGAGAAACGUUUUGAUAAGUUAGCUAGCUAACGUUAGUUAAAUAAACAAGAUAGCCCCCAAAAACAAACAGAGGACAGAUGAACAUCGAGUUUUGAGAUUCUGUAAAGUUGUUACCCCCCCGGAAAUGUAAGAUGUCAACCCGGACAGUAACCAGGACGGCAUUAUUAACAAUUGAACAUUCUUCAAACCAGGGAGGGAGCAUUUAGGUGACAGCUGUCUUCUGGCUCGUUAGGCUCUGCUGGUUCUACCGGCAGACUUUCAACAAGCUUCUGCUUUAUCCCUCUAUGAAAACUGGCUGGGGAGGGACUCGACACAGAGAGAGACACACAGUCUCCCUCUGAGUCCAAGGCAGGCGGGCGUCCCAAUAUGCCACGGUGCCGGAAUUCUGUCCCCACGACGGCAGACGAGCAGCCACACAUUGGCAACUACCGGCUGCUAAAGACCAUUGGCAAGGGCAACUUUGCCAAGGUCAAACUGGCUCGGCAUGUCCUCACAGGGAAAGAGGUGGCUGUGAAAAUCAUUGACAAAACGCAGCUUAACUCUUCCAGUCUCCAAAAGCUGUUUCGUGAAGUGAGGAUCAUGAAGUUGCUGAAUCAUCCAAAUAUCGUGAAGUUAUUUGAAGUUAUUGAGACGGAGAAGACACUGUACUUGAUCAUGGAGUAUGCCAGUGGAGGUGAGGUGUUUGAUUACCUUGUUGCUCACGGGAGAAUGAAGGAGAAAGAGGCCAGAGCCAAAUUUAGACAGAUAGUUUCAGCGGUACAGUACUGCCACCAGAAGUGCAUUGUACACAGAGACCUAAAGGCAGAGAACCUACUCCUAGAUGCUGACAUGAACAUCAAGAUCGCAGACUUUGGUUUCAGCAAUGAGUUCACCAUGGGGAACAAGCUGGACACUUUUUGUGGCUCCCCGCCCUACGCCGCUCCGGAGCUGUUCCAAGGGAAGAAGUAUGACGGGCCCGAGGUGGACGUCUGGAGCCUGGGGGUCAUCCUCUACACACUGGUCAGCGGCUCUCUGCCCUUUGACGGGCAGAACCUCAAGGAGCUGCGUGAACGGGUUUUGCGGGGGAAGUAUAGGAUUCCCUUCUACAUGUCCACAGACUGCGAGAACCUGCUCAAGAAGUUCCUCAUUCUCAACCCAACCAAGAGGGGCAGCCUGGAGCAGCAGAUCAUGAAGGACCGCUGGAUGAAUGUAGGCCAUGAGGAGGAGGAGCUGAAGCCCUUCAUCGAGCCCCAGCCAGACUAUAAGGACCCCAAGAGGACAGGUCAGAACCCCGACCGAGCGGGGGGGUGGAAGAGAGAUAUCAUGUUGCAGAUGGGCUACUCUGCAGAGGAGAUCCAGGACUCGCUCGUCAACCAAAAAUACAAUGAAGUCAUGGCCACAUAUCUAUUACUGGAUUACAGGAACACGGAGAUGGACGAAUGUAUCAGUCUGUCAAUGAAAUCCCGCCCAGGAAGUGACCUCACAAACAGCAAUGCCCAAUCUCCUUCUCACAAGGUACAGCGCAGUACCUCAUCCAAUCUGAAGCCCCGUAGAGCAACGGAUGCAGGUUCUUCUGCUUCCAAGCGUUCCCAGGGCGACAACAAGCACACAGCAGAGGAUUAUGGGAGGAAAGGUUCUGGCACUGGCAGCUUCACUAAAGUCCCUCCCAGUCCUUUAGCUUCAGCAGAUCGUAAGAGGAGCACCCCGACCCCCUCCACCAACAGCAUCCUGUCCACUGGUACGAGUCGCAGUCGAAACUCGCCAGUCCCUGAGAGGGCCACACUUGGGGUCCAGAAUGGAAAGGACAGCCUGACCAACCCAGGGUACCGUGCUUCCACAGCCUCGGCAGCUGCCGUACUCUCCUCCUCCCACCCCCGACAUCACAAGUCCUUGUCCACCUCUGCUCACCCCAGCCCCCCAGACAUCCAUGCACACCGGCCCAGCACCGCCCCUCAGAGAGUACCGGUGGCGUCUCCUUCUGCCCACAACAUCGGCAGUUCCACGGCGACAGACCGUUCCAACUUCCCCAGAAAUGUGACCAGCCGAAGCACUUUCAGUGCCGGCCAGCAGAGGGCGGCACGGGACCAACAUACUUCCACUUAUAAUGGUCCCCCAUCAUCUCCUUCCCUCUCCUACGGGAACAGCCAAGCCCGAAGAGCCGGCGGCACUGGUAUCUUCAGAAAGUUCACUUCUAAAUUUGUGCGCAGAAAUCUCACAUUCAGAUUCCCCAGAAGCCCGUAUGAGGGAGAGGGUCGAGAUGAGGCCAGCAGACCCAUGUUGACCACUGCUGAGAAGCUGGAGAAGGUCACUCUGGGCUCUGCAGGAGAUGAGAACAAGGACUUCCUGUCCUCCACCUCUACGGUACCCAGCACCCCGACUUCAAGCCUGACCUCUAAGGACCACAAGCCCCGCUCGCUGCGCUUCACCUGGAGCAUGAAGACCACCUCCUCCAUGGAGCCCAAUGAGAUGAUGAAGGAGAUCCGGAAGGUUUUGGACUCGAACAGCUGCGAGUAUGAGCUGCGGGAGCGCUACAUGCUGCUGUGCGUGUCUGGGAAUCCUGUCUGUGACGACUUUGUCCAGUGGGAGAUGGAGGUUUGCAAGCUGCCUCGCCUCUCCCUCAACGGGGUUCGCUUUAAGCGCAUUUCUGGCACGUCCAUCGCCUUCAAGAACAUCGCUUCCAAGGUUGCCAAUGAGCUCAAACUGUGAGCUUGUGGAAGAGUAGUGAUGAUGAUGAUGAUGAUGAUAACAAGGAGUCGGCUGGUGGAAGGAGACAGACUGGAGCACGCAGGCAGAGAGGCUAAACUUUGACACAGAACUGAGUUGAGAGGGCGACAAAGGAGCAUAGAGAGACUUUUUGGGUGGGGGGGGCAGGCAAAGAGGCUAGGGGAGGUUGCGUUUAUAGACCUUUUAAGGGGAUUGUUAAUUUUCUUGAAGGGGUGUUCUUUUCGUUUGGGUUUUCUAUCCUCUCUCCCUCUGACUUUUCUGUUGUCUUCUAAGACAGUUUUGUUUCUCUUAAACCUCACGAUCCUCUUUUUCCAAAAGGAAUUCAUUGAUGGAAAAUAUGAAAGGAAAUUAGUUAUAAAGCAAUGAACUGAUUGUGGGUUUAAUUAUAUUUUUUUGUUGUUGCCCAAAAUAGCCCUGGACUCAGCCAGCUGUAACCCUCAGGCCCUUCUCUCUCCAUUAUCCUGCACCAAGGACAAACGGUCUAAGCACCAUGUUACUGCAUCUUGCCCCUAUUUUCAGCUGUCCGUUUUGAACAGAUGAAGAGACCUGCAGUUUGACACUCUGAAUGUACAACAUGAUUAGACGGAUGUAUCUUAGGUACAACGCAUAUUCACUACAAUGUAAAUUGGUUUUCACAUGUUUUGAUUCUGAUCAGCUAAUGAAGGCUGCACAAGGUUCCUGCUUCAGUGUGGUGGUUCAGAAAGCCAUUUUUACAUCACAGCACAAUGUCUUACUUGAUCGUAAAGUGGAAGUGCAGACUGGAUUUACCUCUUUGCUCUGAUUGCGAGCCUUCACCACCCUUUACCCCAAGCCCCUUCAAUUAGUUUUUGUUUUUCUACAGCAGGAGUAAUUUAUCUGAUGAACUAAUUAAGGGCCAAUUGAUAAUUAUUGGUGGAUUGUAAUGUAAUUAAGAGUGGCUGGUUGGUUUCAAUGUGCUGCACUGGAAUGUCUGAGUUCCCUUGCCUUUCUCUGGAGAAAAUAAUUAUUAAUAUUGUUAUUAAGAAUAAACAAAGUUGGAUGAUUUA